AUGUCUGUCUGUUUAGCUGUAACAAAAGGAAUCGCUGUCUCUUCGUUGGGUCUAUAUGCCGGUAUUUUGACCUCUUCUACCAUAAUUUCAUCCACUACACCUUUGAUCACAAACUCAUUACCUUCUGAGAUCUUAAAUUGGAAGCCAUUACUACACAAGCUUAAGGCAUGCACUACUGCAUUGGGGGUCAUUGCAACCACUUUCUUUGGUGCAAGUUAUUUUGGAGCUCCCCUAAGUGGGAGACACCCUUAUUUGCUUUAUAGUAUGAUUGUAUCACCAUUAUCAGGCUUAUACCUUUAUUUAUCUACCAAUUUUAAUAGUAUUGGAGACAAUGUAGUUCAUACUAAGAGGGAGAAACCAGAUGAAUUGGAUGAGUCCUUGAUAGAUUUGGGUAAUGAAAAUGAACACAGAGCCAAGGAAGGGAAACCAAUGUUGAAAGAGAAGGAAUACGAAGCUGAUGCUAUUGAGGCACGCAACAGAAAACAAGUUCUUUCCAACAAGUUAAGAAUAAAUACACAUUUAUUUAUAGCAACAAGUGUUGCCAUUGUUGGAUUUGUUCAAUCAGUCAUCGGUAUUUACGGUGAGGGCCAAUUUGCAUCAUAA